AUGGCGACCGUUCCCGUUCACCCGCUGGCUAGUGGCGACCUCGUCUUCGCCAAGAUGAGAAGUUACCCUGCAUGGCCAGCUCGGAUCGACUGCAUCCGACCGAACAGGUGCCCCACCAGAGACCAAGGAAACCUCCCUGCACCCGUUAACGAUCCCGAGUUCCACUGGCCGAUCUACUUCUACGGCACCCAUCAAAUUGCCUGGAUCCCUCAGAAGGACAUCUACCAUCUUGAGGAUUACAGAGAUGAGUUCGGGAAGAACCCGCGAGUCAAAGAUGCGAUGUACGAAGCGAUGAAAUAUACUUGGGUUCACUUCCAGUUUGGAGACGGGAGCAAUCACCAGGCCUGGUCUCCUCGCCAUUCCGAAAUGGCUAAAGCUUGGUUCGCUAAUCAAUCAGAUGAAGUUGCUAACGAAACCGAAUGGGAUCAUAUCCUUGAACCUCCACAAAAGAAGCAGAAAACGAAACGAACUGUCAACAACAACUAG